AUUAAUGCAGCAACAGGCACACCGACGUACGACAAGAACCACGACUCGGAAAAGCACCGGUGGCGGCUUCCUCUUCGGCUUCGUCUUCCUUGCCGUGUCCAUCGGUUUGCUCUUCUGGAAUGAAGGCAAUGUUGUGCGCCAAUACACGAGUUUGCAAGAAGGGUUGGCAAGCGUCGUCGAACUCGACGACACGGCCAACGUCGAGUCCAAACUGGUGCACAUGACGGGUCGACUGACGACCCAGAACGCCCAAGAGCGCCCCAUAGUCAUGGACGCGGAGUUUGGUGUGGCAGCCACGGGCGUCUAUCUCCAUCGCAUUGUCGAGAUGCUGCAAUGGAAAGAGAAGCGCCAUGACCACACGUACACCGAGGACGGCCAGGAAAAGACGGACGUCUCGUACACGUACAAGAAGUCUUGGAGUGCCCAGUCCAUCGACAGCGACGCAUUCCAUGACGCGAGCUACGUGAACCCAUCAUACUGGGAGUACAAAUCCAAAAAGAUCUCAGCGCCGUCCGUGUUCCUUCGCGGGUAUCGAGUCCCCGACGUCCUCCUCGGCCAAAUCAGCACGCGCGACCAUAUUUCACUGGACGACGCCAGUCGACUUCAAAUGGCGUCCAUAUUAGAGCUAUCCCUUCAUGCGCCGCUAAAGGGCGGCAUUCCAGCGCUGAAAACCAUGGACAUUCUUCACAACGAGUUCAUGUCGAAGGAGAUACCAUCCAACGGUAAAUCAAACAACCAGCAGCACCGAGACCGCGCCAACAUUGGCGACUUGCGCGUCCGAUUCCAAGUGACUCCCGCCAGCGCGGUGAGCGUGCUGGCGAUGGCCCACGGCGGCGCCUUGCAUCCCUACACGACCAAGUCGGGCGAUCCGAUAGUGCUGUUGGAGGAAGGCGUGAUGGACGCCGCGGCUAUGAUCGACCGCGCCCAAGCGUUGGUGGUGAGUUAUUCUUGUCCAACAAUAUGGUGAGAUGUAUGUAUAUAUAUGUGACACGGGGGCGGCAGACCAUGUGGGCGUGGGGGCUUCGCGUUGUGGGGCUCGUGCUGGCGGUGGUGGGGUUCAACGUGCUGCUGCAGCCCGUGGUGGACUUGGCGCACUUGUUCAUCAACGUACCGCUUCUCGGGACGUUCGUCGCUGCCGCUGCGUCAUGGAGCGUCAGUGUCAUGAGUGGGCUUUUGGGGGUGAGCACGGCCCUCGUGGUGAUUGCGAUCGCGUGGGUGUGGUAUCGGCCGUUGGUGGCGCUCGGGCUGGUACUGGUGGCCAUCACGCCCUACAUUGGCAUGCUGAAACCCAGCAAAGCCCACGUCAAACUGGCCGUGUCCUAGCGCGUAAACGCACCUCGGAACACUUGCAUUCGAGAGUUCAUGCCAUCAUAUUGAUACUAAACGUAGUAGGCAGACGAUGCGAGUUAAGUUUUUAAUGAACUAUAAUAGCAAACUGAAAAUUAGCUUACCA